AAUAAGAGAAGAGUCUCUUAAGGUUGCGGCGUGGAUUGCCGUAUGUUUAAAGAAUCUCCAACACUUCGAAACAAUAUGGAUUCCAUACCACUUCAACAAUCACUGGAUAGUCAUAGGUGUCGAUGUCGGGAUGAACAUGGCAUGGAUUUGUGAUUCUGCAGAUUUUGACCCUCACACAUAUAAAGACUUCAUGUCAAUUCUCAUUACGGCAUUCAGGGCCUAUGUCAAGAAUCACAAAGGAAGGCAUGAUCCAGGUCUGGGGAGCCACUUGCGUUUCAAAUCUCUAUGUUCGUUUCCCAAGCAAAGGCCAGGGAGUCUGCAUUGUGGAUACUAUGUAUGUGCUUUCAUCAGUAACACAAAAGGCUAUAGGAGACACCCUGAAUUGUGGAAAGAAGAAAAAGGACUAAAAAGGGAUGUCUACAGGGAUGAUGACCUCUUAGAGAUUGUUGGUGACCUUUGCAACUUUAUAAUGGACCAUGUUGUUUAUUACAAAGGUGAUUACCAUAACCCACAGUCCGACUUAGGUAGCAAUCCUCUUUACCAGCACCUCCGUCAGUGGGAUAGGCUAUGUCUAGGUCGUUGAUUACAUGUGAACUUGUUGGA